AUGGAGGAUUACCACAAACCUGACCAGCAGACAGUGCAGGCGCUGAGGAACAUCGCCAACCGCCUUCGAAUCAACUCCAUCAAGGCGACGACCGCGGCGGGCAGUGGACACCCCACAUCAUGCUGCAGUGUGGCGGAAAUCAUGUCCGUGCUUUACUUCCACACUAUGAGGUACCGCCCCGAAGACCCGAGGAACUUCAACAACGACCGCUUCAUCCUGUCCAAGGGUCACGCUGCUCCUGCCUUGUACUCCAUGUGGGUGGAAACAGGGUUCCUGAAGGAGAGCGAGCUGCUCAGUUUGUGCCAGGUGGAUUCCAACCUGGAGGGCCACCCAACCCCUAAGCAACAAUUUGUGGAUGUGGCCACUGGAUCCUUGGGGCAGGGUCUCGGUGUGGCCUGUGGGAUGGCUUACACUGGGAAAUACUUUGACAAGUCCAGCUACCGUGUCUACUGCCUGCUGGGCGAUGGAGAGAUGUCGGAGGGAGCCGUCUGGGAGGCCAUGUCGUUUGCUUCCUACUACCAACUGGACAACCUGGUGGCCAUCAUGGACAUCAACCGUCUGGGCCAGAGCGACCCAGCACCUCUGCAGCAUCACGUAGAGAAAUACCAGAAGCGCUGUGAAGCUUUUGGCUGGCAUGCCAUCAUAGUGGACGGACACAGCGUGGAGGAGCUUUGCAAGGCUCUGAGCCAGCCCCGCCAUCAACCCACCGCCAUCAUUGCUAAAACCAUCAAGGGCAAAGGCAUUCCAGCUGCAGAGGAUAAGCUGGGCUGGCAUGCCAAAACUCUGCCCAAAGACAUGGCCGAGAUGGUCAUGAAGGAUCUGCAGAGCCGCAUCAUGAACAGCAGCAAGCACCUGUACCCGCCCGCUCCCAUCGAGGACUCCCCGCCCGUCAGCCUGAGAAACAUCAGGAUGCCGAGCGCGCCCAGCUACAAACCUGGAGAGAAGAUUGCCACUCGGAAGGCGUACGGGAUGGCACUGGCCAAGUUGGGCCGCUACAAUGAGCGCGUUGUGGCCCUCGAUGGAGACACCAACAACCUCACCUACUCAGAGAUCUUUAAAAACGAGCAUCCCAACCGCUUUGUUGAGUGCUACAUCGCUCAGCAGAACAUGGUCAGCGUUGCUAUGGGAUGUGCAGCCCGUGAUAGGAACGUCGUAUUCGCCAGCACUCUUGCUUCCUUCUUCACUCGCGCCUACGACCAGCUUCGCAUGGCGGCGAUCUCAGAAAGCAACAUCAACCUGUGUGGCUCCCACUGCGGCCUGUCCACCGGAGAGGAGGGCCCCUCUCUGAUGGGCCUGGAGGACAUGUCUAUGUUCAGGGCCCUUCCCACCGCAACCAUUUUCUACCCCAGUGACGGUGUGUCUACAGAGAAGGCUGUGGAACUGGCUGCAACCACAAAGGGUGUUUGCUACAUCCGAACCAGCCGCCAAGACAGUGCCAUCAUCUACAACAGCAAUGAGGACUUCCAUGUUGGACAGGCAAAGGUGGUUUACCAGAGCAAGGAGGACCAGGUGACUGUGGUGGCCGCUGGAGUGACUUUGCAUGAGGCCCUCGCUGCAGCUGAACAUCUAAAGAAAGAGCGGAUCUAUGUCAGAGUCAUCGACCCAUUCACAAUCAAACCGCUGGACAUGAAAACCAUCAGCGACCACACACGUGCCACCAGAGGACGGAUCCUCACCGUGGAGGACCACUACUACGAAGGUGGUCUCGGGGAGGCGGUGUCCUCAGCGAUGGUCAACGAGUCAGGCUUCAACCUGCAUCGUCUCGCUGUGUCCCACGUGCCCCGCAGUGGCAAACCACACGAGCUGCUCAAGAUCUACGGCAUCGACCGCGACGCCAUCGCCCAGGCCGUCCGCAAGAUGCUCAGCAGCUCCACCAACGCCAAGUAA